AGAUUUAUCGAACUGCGUUAGUGACGACUGACUAUUGACUGUGUGCAACAAACCAACAGUCUGAUAGAAACCCAGGAGAAAUACAAACGUCGACAGCUUUCUUGUGAAUUGAGGUUCAAAAUGAGGCUGUUGUCAAAAGCAGCCCAGACUGCAUUUUCCCGGAGGUCUGGACCAAACACUACCAGGGGGUUCUGGGGCUGGCUCAAUGCCGUGUUCAACAAGGUUGACCAUGAGCGUAUGAAGGCCGUGGGUCCGGACCGGGCAGCUGCAGAGUGGUUGCUGAGAUGUGGGGCCAAAGUGAGGUUCCAGGGGUUCGACCGCUUUCAUCACGAUUACAACGGGCUCCCCACUGGUCCCCUGGGACGAUACAAGAUCCAGGCCAUCGAUGCCACAGAGUCCUGCAUCAUGCACCAGGGGUUCGAUCACCUGGACGGCUUGCAGUAUUUGGAGGAAAUCAAGUUCAACAAGUGCAUUUAUAUUGAGGAUGCCUGUCUGGAGAAGCUGAGCUCAGUGGAGAACCUGCAGGACAGCUUGCAUGCUCUGGAGGUGGUUUCCUGUGGUAACGUGACAGAUAAGGGCGUCAUUGCUCUGCACAAGCUCCGGAGGCUGGAGACGUUAUUUCUCAGUGACCUGCCUGGGCUGAAGGAGAAGGACAAGACUGUGGAGAGGUUACAGACGGCUCUGCCCCGCCUGGAAAUAGACCUGGACCUUGACUAGCGUGACUCCCUGUGCAUCCCAGUCCUGGGUUCAGAGGGGCUUAGCCAGCAGCAGGGGCUGUCGUGGAGCCUGUGGCCAUCACAGGUGCCAUGACAACAUGAUAGAAGCUCCCUCCGAAGCUGAUGUGGGGGGGAAGAAUGGGGAAGGCUGAGGCUUUCAUUAUACAGCACUUUAUUCCACUGACUUCAACGUAGUUUGACAGAUUUGCCUAUCCUAGUCUUUUUUCGGCAUUCGUCGUAUCAAGCACAACCAUACAAAAAGUACAUCGAGGAAGAUAUCUACGUGAAAAAAUGGAGGAUGACAACGAAUCAUUAGUCAUUUAAACCAGGAUUAAUUUGGCAUUUCAUUGUGUCAGGUGGAAGAUACAUGGCUAGUUAAAUCCUUAGCACCUUAUUUGAGGAAUCGUUACUACAUGAAGAAUUGUUUUGUUUUAUUUACUGCAUGUACCACAUUUCAGAGAACAGUCUAAAGUGCAGUAAACAGUCUGGCUUUUAGACAUUAUUUUGAAUAAAACAAGAUGGACUUUG